AUGGGGAACGGAGCUACGGCGGUGUACCUGUCCUUGCACUUUCCUGCUCAAGGCCAGUCAGAGUUCAGCGCCCUAGUCUGCGAACGUGAAUACCUCGAGCUCGUCCUGGGCUUUAUUGAAUACAGGAAGGGGGUCACGAGUAGAAGCUCUAUUAACGUUGAAGUCAUGGCAGAUGUUGCUGUCCAAGCUAUGGCUAACAACGACCCACGCUUCUUGACUGGCCCUCCCACCUUGCACGGAGGCCUCUGUCACCUAGAAAUCUUGGCUAGAUUCACCGUGCUACUUGUGUUGCUGUUGAGACGCCCUGGCGAGCCAUGGAAGGACAAGCAGAAUCAUGAGAUGAAGGAGAUGUGCUGUAAUGCUUUUGCUCUGUUCAGGUUCUGCGAGAAGAACUUUGGGGGAAAGCAGGCAGAGAGAUCGAAGCUGGUGAGAGAAAUUGUGGCUGCUGCUGCAGAUUUUGGCGUCGCGAUUGGCUUUAAUAUUGGUUCCCAGCCCUUGGUUGCAAGUCAGACACCAACCCCAGCACUAUUAGGCCAAGCACCAGGUCAAGAGAUAGCAGCGCAGAGCAGUCAAAAUGGCAACUUUGAACAGUCAUACACGUAUGCCUCCAACUCCUACCAGAACAUGCAGCCAUACCCCUCGAUGUACGAAGAUCAACAAGCCGCGCCAGGUCCGCACGUCACCAGCUACGACCAGCAAUUUGAUCCAACUAUCUCCUCGAAGAAACGCAAAUACGACGCACAAUACUUCACUCAGCAAACUGGCCACAGCCUCUCUUCGAACCCCUCGAACCUGCCAUACAAUGCCCCCGCUCCAGACCAGUACCUCCAGGCCAUACAACCCAUCAACCUCUUCAAAAUCAAGCACGACAGCAUGGUCACGCGCUACGGAUACCGCGAAAGCCUCGGCUUCUUCAGCAAGUCCGUCGUCUUCCUCUACGUCCAGAUCCAAGACGGCAAGCUCGACGGCAGCUACACCUCGCUCGACAAGUGCGCCCUGCUGUACGUCGAUUACAAGGUUCUCCUCCUCAAGUACCUGGACUCCACCGGCCCCAUGCCAGAGGACUUCCUGAUCUGGCAGGCGCGGUUCAAGGGGAGCGGCAACGAUUACGAUACGGUCAGCUGGGCGUGGCUGUCGCUCGUGAUGACUUCGACGGUUGGUCAGCAGACGCUGAAGGAAUACCAGGACGAGAAGGCGAUGCGGAAGGCUGCUGUCGAGGCGGGGUGGGCGUUUUUGUAA